CUCGUCGAAGAUGGCGGCGCGGUACGUGUCCGGUGUUUCGAGAAGAUCCUUGACGUGGACAGUCUCACGGGCGACGCGCAGAGAAUUUUGGUCCCAAUCCAGAAAAGAGAAAGAACCUUCAGUGGCAGAGACAGUAGAAGAGGUGAAAAAAGAGCCUAUUCCAGUGUGUCCACCCUUACGAAGUCGAGCAUACAUACCACCUCAAGAUCUGCAGAGUCGUUUGGAGUUCCGUCUUAAAGAAGUUUUUGAUUCACCUCUUCCUAGUAAUUGGCAGGACAUCUCCCUGGAGGAUGGUCAUAAGAAGUUCAGUCUCUUGGCACAUUUAGCUGAUGACUUGGGCCAUGCGGUGCCCAACUCUAGGCUUCACCAGAUGUGCCGGGUCAGAGAUGUUCUCGAUUUCUAUAAUGUUCCCGUUCAAGAUAGGUCUAAAUUUGAUGAACUUAUUGCCAGUAACUUACCUCCUAAUUUGAAAAUCACUUGGAGUUACUGAACAGUUCAGAAGAUGGACUCAAUGAAAUCAUUUCUCUUGAACAAGGCGAAUGCUUGUUAGAGCUAAGAAUACAUUCUCUCUCUCUCUCUCUCUCCCUACCCCCACUUCCUCCUGUACUAAAUCAACCCAAAAAAAAAACCCCAAAACAGGGUUUUUUUGUUUUUGCAUUACCUGAAAUGGUUUUUUAAACACAGCCAAGUAAUUAAUAAUUUAUGGAAAUUUUCUUCAGAGGACACUAUAACUUGGGUUUAAGAUAGGAGCCAUUACAAAUUCACAUGUUGUCUUUACUCUUCCUAGGCAUAAAGUGGUAAUUGUAAGAAAAUGUCCUAAACCUAUUAGGAUUCUUAAAUCUGAGACGAAAUUAUUAUAUAUAGGACUUAUGCAAAUAAGAAAACUUGUAUUAGAUUACAUAUUUAAAAGAAACAUAGAAGUCUGUUGUGUAUUACAGAAAGUUGUUUCUUUCACUGUUUUACUGCAU